UCCGAAUGUUGUCCUGCGGUUAUCUAAAUAUUAUAUAUUUUUAAGGCCACAUAUUUUGUUCAUACAUAUUAUUAUAUCUAAUGAUUAAACGAUUUUUAUAGUAAUACUAUGCACGCUCGAGUUUCACACACAGUUCAGUAAAUAUUUUAGAAGCGUUGAUUAUUUAUGUUUUUAAACUUUUAUCCUUUACAACACUUUUGCUGAAAAUCAUAAAAAAACCAUUUCAACCGUUGUCACCGUCACAAGUCAUCUAACAAACGUUUCAGUUUCAAACUUUCAAAAAUUCCUGCCCGAAACUCGUCUCUUGUAAACCGAUCGACUGGAUUUUCAUUGCGUCGGUCAUUGAUGCAAUUGCUGCUGUCCAAGUCAAUAAUAUUUACUGUCAUCGAUAAGUUCAGAUUGUCGUCCGGAAAGUAUUUCAAAAUGAGUGCUGUGAGUUUUACCGUAGGACGCAAAAAUUGUUCCACGGCGGGCGUGGACGUAUCUAAAAUGUGUGCCGCACACCGAGCCAUCGAUAAGCAUGUUAAAGACGGCAUGAUACUGGGCAUUGGUAGCGGCUCGACGAUUGUGUACGGUGUUCAACGAUUGGCACAAAGAACGAAAGACGAGAAUUUAUCUGUUGUUUGUGUGCCAACGUCGUAUCAGGCACGUCAGCUGAUUAUCGAUUACAAACUAACAUUGGGAAACUUAGACACACAUCCUAAAAUAGAUUGUACAAUUGAUGGAGCAGAUGAGAUUGAAAAGGGCACUUUGACAUGCAUAAAAGGAGGAGGAGGGUGUUUGACACAAGAAAAAAUUGUAGCAUCGUGUUCUGAAAAAUUGAUAAUUGUUGCCGAUGGAGCUAAAGAGGUGGACCAUUUGGGUCAAAAAUGGAAGAAAGGUAUACCUAUUGAGGUAAUACCUAUGUCAUGUAAACCGAUUCAGCAAAAAAUUGAAGGAAAAUAUGGAGGUGAAGCCAUUUUGAGGAUGUCUGCUGAUAAAGCAGGACCUUUGGUUACAGACAACGGUAACUUCUUAUUGGAUUGGGUUUUUCCUGAAACAAAAUAUUGUUGGUCAUCCGUCCACAAUUACUUAAAACUAAUCCCAGGAGUGGUUGAGACUGGAUUAUUCAUUGAUAUGACAGAUGAAUGCUUGGUCGGCGACUCACAAGGCAAUGUACGACAACUGAAGAAGACUGAACAGACAUUAGAGUUGUAGGUUAAAUCUAAUAUCUGUAUAACAUGUCAUUAUAUUAUUUGAAUUGGAUAACAUUCUCUUUAAAAUCUAAGUAUUAUGACUUUUUAUUAACUUUUAUUUUUGUGUUGCUUAAAUCAAAUAGCGUUUUAGAUUUUUUUGAUCUUCUAAUACUGUUUUUAUAAAAUAUUGUAUGUUAAUUUAUUAAAAUUAGUAAUACUAAAAUUUAAAAAUAUAUUUAUAAAAGUAUAA